AUGGCGAGAUCCAUGGAAGAAAAUUCACGGAAAUGGACGGCACCAGUGUUGAUGAAAAGUGGUGAAGUGUUUUGUCCAUCGACAUGUGUCACACUUGGUCCCAUUUACAAUGAAAGUGAAUCGAAAUUGAUAAUUGGAACAGGAGGACAUCGAGGAAUGAAUAUGAAAUUGAGAGUUUUCAAAGAUGUCGAUCAAGAUGAAGAGUGCACUUUAGCUGAAAGUCCAACUGCAAUUAUGCAUUUUGUGAAUGAGGCACGUGCUGUCCCAACUAUAGCUGUUGCUGCCGGAUCAUCACUUCUAGUAUACAAGAAUAUGAAGCCGUUCUAUAAGUUCACUGUUCCCAGUUCUCCAAUUAUACCAACAGAAUUAGAAGCAUGGAAGGCUGCUGCAUCCAACAAAAUUAAUCCGAACACGUUGUCUACAGUACUCGAACGUCUCGUUACUGAUGUCUCAUUCUCGAAAUUGACUCCAAUGUCACAAACAUAUAUUCUUUCGAAAUCAAAUGAAGAUAAAUUAGCUUUGAUUGAAAAAAUCGGUGGAAAAAUUCUGAAUUCUGGAACGAUAACUUGCAUUGCGAAACUAACGAAAUCAGCAGCUGAUAUAAUGGAUAUUCUUGUAUUUGGAACUGAACAUUGUGAUGUUUUCCUGAUUGAUGGACAAGCAUUCACUAUUAUUCAACAAAUUAAACUGCAAUCGGUUCCAGUUACAAUCAGAACUUAUGGGUAUUUCGAUGUGGAUUAUCGAAUUUUCGUUCAUACGAGAGACUCGUUGAUAUUCAGUAUAAAGCGAAAUGACACAGAAUACAAACCAAUUAUUGUGUCACAAAGUAUGAUCACUUCCAUGAUAUUACACAAUAAAAGUAUAGUAUAUACAACCACUGAAGAUCAUAUCACAUUCUGUAACUUCAAAGGAAAGAAGACAGGCAGAGCGAAGUGUAAAGAUAAGGUGAAAAUGAUUGAACCUUUCUACUAUGAAACCAAACAACUGUCAGCUGUGAUUGCUGUAUUUGAUAAGGAACUUCGAAUGUAUAAUGAUAGUUAUUUGUUGGAUGUUACCAAAUUCCAGAAGCCAUUGGCUUGGGUCAAAUAUGGAUGUUACGGAAGAGAGGACUCUUCAUUGAUUGUAUGCUUCAAAGAUGGAACACUUGGUAUCCAAAUCUUCCGUCGAACUGCAAACUUUGAUAUACGAAAAGACUUCAAUGAAGUCCCUCCGGCACAUGCUUUGAAACUUCAAAUUCCAAAAAAGACGAAAAUUUUCAUUGAUCAAACUCAAAGAGAACUGGAAUUUUCAUCAAAGAUUCAUAAUGCGUAUCAAAAACACUUGUUCAACAUGAAAUUCAAAGUUGCGGAGUCGUAUCUUGCACUGGCAUCAAGUGCAACUUCUUCCGUCUCCACAACUUCAUCUCUUCCAAUUGAAAUCGCUGUUGAUAUUAAUGGAUUCGGGCCAACACACAGAAUGACUGUCCGACUUUUGUCAUCAAGCAGACAAAAUUUGUAUGAUAUGCAAAUAUCAAUAAUUUGUGAUCCGGAAGUAUACGAGUUCGAGACACCUUUGAUGAUGGUCCCAAUACUGACUCCUGGACACGCGUACACGUAUACAACACUUCUGACGUGCAAGGACCCGGAAAGAGCAACAACAAGUGAAGUCCGAGCCCUCCUGAUUCAUGAAAAACGUGCGACUCCAAUCGUAACAGCAGUCAUAAAGAUGCCAUUCAGUGAAUUCCCUCUCGAUUAG